UAAUGUGUGUGUGCUGACGUUUGAGCUCCACAGGGACUCUGUAGCGCGAUGGUGGAGCGAAGAGGGAGAAGAAAAAAAAAGUGAAAAUGCCAAAGUAGUCGACACAUCGUUGUAGAAACAGGAAGCAGAGAGGCAAAUCAGAAAGCAGAGUAGAAGUGGAGAUAGCUGCAACUUUUUGAAAGGCAGACGAGCUGCGUUUUUUACUUGAGCAGUGGAGGGAAGCAAAACGCAGUUGGACUUUUUGUACUCUGGACCUGAACAGGACUCGACUCUUUGGCUCGUAGGGUUUAGCUGCUACCUACCCGCUUCUUCUUCCAUAACACAACACUGCUGCUAUUAUGGUGGUGGCGUUGCUGCCAUAGCUAAUACCAUGUGUUGUAGUUAGCUAAGCCCUUUGGCUCGAAAACAGACUCGUUUAUGUAGAGUUAAGUUGUAUUUUUGGCCAGGAAAGGGUGGGUAAUGUGCAGUGUGUGCAGUUAACUUCGCUAUCUCAGUCUAUCGAAGCGACACUGCGGUGGUGGUUACUCAAUCUAGCCUAGCGAAACCUAGUGUUGGUAGGUUAGGUAGCUAGUGUUGGUGGUAGGUUAGUAGCUGCAGCCAGUCUCCUUUAGCUAAACAUGGAGGCAGAAAUGCAUGUGUUUAGAGCCUCAGAGCUGUUAUAUAAUCCUAAAACCGAACCGUGUCUGCUUGUGUCGCCGUCUGCCUUCAAGGGAAGCCACUUUUGACAUCUUUUUGCGGAUGCAGAUAGCAAUGUGGACGUGAUUGAACUUGCAUACUUCUGGCAUCAAAUUCAGACCAGUUACAGAGAGACAUGGAUUCUUCCAACACUCUAAUAAGUGCCAUGGACCCAUCCAUCACCUUGUGGCAGUUCCUGCUGCACCUGCUGGAAGAUCAGAACCACCGGCACCUGAUCUCCUGGACGUCUGGCGAUGGCGAGUUUAAGCUGCUGGAUGCUGAGGAGGUGGCGCGGCUCUGGGGGCUCCGCAAAAACAAAACCAACAUGAACUACGACAAGCUGAGCCGCGCUCUGCGCUACUACUAUGAUAAGAAUAUAAUAAAGAAGGUCAGCGGUCAGAAAUUCGUUUACAAGUUCGUGACUUUUCCUGACCCCAAUUCGGCCGACGGACUCCGAGGGCCUGAAGACGGCCAGAGGGUCGGCGGUGGAGAGAAGGUGGAGGUGUCCAUCCAGUCCAAAUCAGCAGGGGGCGCCGGCGCCACCACAGGCUGCCUGUCUAAGAACCUGCAGGCGCAGCGCUCCUCCCCCGGCUCAGUACAGCGCAGCUCCCGCAACGACUACAUGAAGUCUGGCCUCUACUCCACGUUCACCAUCCAGUCCCUGCAGACGCCCUGCAAGAGCUCCCCCAAACCCAUCAAAACAGAGCUCCCCCUGGACAACACGCCCAAAGCGGCCGGUGUGGAUCAGCCAGUGCAUGAGGUGCGAGUGUGUCAAACUGAAGUGUCACAGAGUUCAGUGCAAACUCCGCCUACAGUGGACAGCAGCCUGCAAGUAAUAGUCACCCACCCUUCUCCAUGCGCCACGCCGGCCCUCAGUCCACAAACCCCCUCCGGUUCUACUGCUGCUGCCCCUACAAAUUGUCAGACACAGAAGAACCAGGGAUUGGGUGAACCUCCACAGAUCUACCUGACCAGUGUAUCUGACCCAACCUCGCUAACACCUCUCAUCCCAUUGACUUCUGUGGCCAGUGGGGAUUGCAUGGUCAAUUCUCAGCAAGGCCACCCUGUGUUUGUGGUAAUAAAGCCUCCACCUGUAGCAGGAGCCAAGGAGACGAACAUCUCUGCUGGAGAAGAACUUCUGGAGAUUGUAGAUCUGGAUGAAAAACCUGAAACGACUUUGCCUGCUCCAGCUCCUGUGGCCACAGAGGCUUCAGUUCCUGUAGUCACAUCUCCGCCCUGCUCAGAGCCUGUGACACAGCUGGUAGUUGUGGAGGGAGAACUGAAAGAUGAACCUGAGGAACAUGCGGAAGAGCCCAGCACGCCUCCGGAAUCCCACCCAGUGUCCACACAGGAAGUCCAGCCUCCGAAAUCGAAAAAGCCUCGCGUGCUGGAGCUUCAUUCUUGUCCCUCACAGCUGGGCCCUAUUUCUCUGGAUAAGGUCAACGCUGCAGUCAACAGCCUGCUGGCCCCAGGCAGCGCCACCAACACCCUCACACCCACCGUCAUCACCUCACAUGCCCUGACUCCAGUCCUGUUGACGCCGAGUCCGCUCCCGUCCACCAUUCACUUCUGGAGCACUUUGAGCCCCAUCGCCCCGCGCAGCCCGGCCAAGCUCUCCUUCCAGUUCCCCUCCAACGGAAGCAAUCAGAUCCACAUCCCAGCCUUGAGUGUGGACGGCCUGUCCACUCCUGUCGUGCUGUCCCCGGGGCUGCAGAAACCAUAGCCGGCCUGUGAUUGGCUCCUUUACUUGCCUUCGUGGUGAUUGACUUUCCAGCCCAGCCGGUGAGAAGCUGACGACAGGUAAUGAACAGACCGCACACUCCAUAACAGGCCCUGAUUGGUGUUCAGAAGAGCUUCCGGUCCAGUGAGGGUUGAGCAGCAGGAGGCGUGCACGCUCAGCCCGGCCAGAGCAGCCCCUGCUUCAGGACGGAAAGGUGGCAUUUUUACAGACUAAAUACUCUCAACGGUUUCUUUCAGGUUCUGUUUUUUGUUUGUUCGUUUGUAAAAAAAAUUUUUUGUUCUUCUUGUACGUUAUUUAUUUUUGUCGGACGUUUUGGUGCAUCAGCUUUUCCGUUUUUAAGGACUACUCUUAGCAGCAGAUGCAUAUGGGUAUUGAACUUUGAGCUCUUUCUGCUCUAAAUCUUUCAUCACCUGCUAAUGAGUGGCAGUGUUUUAUUGUGUAUAUCCUGAAGAAGCAGAUGUCGCUCUGACGGUAUGGUUUUUUGGAUGUUGUUCCUUUAUUUCUUUAUGAGAGACGUUGAAGUACUGAAAUAUGGCGGAGGACAGACAGAGGGCAGUGAAAGCUCACUUAUUUGUACGGAACUUGUUUGUAUAAACUCUCAGAGCAACCAUCAUGAUGAACCUACUAUGUUUUUUAAAGGACUUUAAAAAAAAAAGGAAUUGCUAUUUUAACAAUUCUGGAUUCUGACCAAGGAUAACUACAUGGAAUCUAUUUUGCUAAAGACAUUUAUUAACAGUGGAAUGACAUGGCCAUCCAUUGACACGUGGAAGAGGAAACAGGAAGCGGAGGAAAAAGAAGCACCAUCAUUGAUGAUCAACUCCUUGUCAAGACGCAGAAUGUAUCGACGUUACCGUUUAGGCUUUGACUUCAUUCCUUUCUCUAUGAACUCUCUCCUUGUACAGAUUAAUAUGCUCCCAUUCCAGUUUUAAGUUCUUUUUUUUUUUUUUGUUAUUUUUCUUUGUCUGCUCUGACAGAGAUCUCCUGAAAGAAAAGACGCCUCGUCAGCGCCGCGAGGAAACUUUUGUAGUUUUAUGUUCUGUAGUUUUUCGGUUGCUUGUUUUUCAAGAAAACACCAGAGGAGACCAAAGACCAGCGAUUUGUAUAGAAUCCAGUUGAGUAUCUGUGUAUGUGCUGCAGCAUUUGUCUUUCAUUGUCCUUAAAUAUCUCUCUAUUUCUCUUGUUUUUGUUUUUUUAUCUGUCGUUUUGUCUUUUUCUCUCUUACAGAUCCUUUUAAAAUCCUUAAAGUGACAAGGCAGCUGUUUUUAAUGAGGCGUGGCCACAAGAAAAUAUAGUGUAAAUACAAAAUAAAAAUUUAAAGGGCGAAGUGGUGAUAAUAUAUAGAUGUUUUAUUGAGACUACAAGAUCAUAUACUGUUGACAUACUAUGGAAUAUAUUGAGGACAUAAGACAAAACACUGAGUAUGAAUAUAUUGAGGACACAGCAUUUUCUCUUUUUUGAGAUCACAAAAACACAUUUAAAAUAUAUAUAUUUUUAAGCCAGAAAUAUAUAAAUAUAUAAAACAUAUGAAAAUAAAAAUAUGUUGGAUCAACAAGACCUAUGUAUUGUGCUCAUAAUGUAAAAUAUAUAGGAUCUUUUGUCAGAUCACAAAAAACAUAUAAAAAUAUAUAUUUUGGAGCCAUAAAGAAGACAAGAAGACUAUUUACUACGGUCAUAAUAUAAUAAAAUAUAAACAGGCCAAAAGAUACUCAAUACAUUGAGUACAAUUAUAUUGAGGAGACAUUUUUUUUUAGAUCACAGAAACAUAUAAAAUAAAUCCUUUUAAGCCAAAAAAUAUAUAUUUGAGAAACAAGACUAUUUACUGAGCACAGAAUAUAAUAUAUGUACAAUCCAAAAGAUACUCAAUAGAUUGAGUACAAUUAAUUUCGAGGACACAAGAUAUUUCUUUAACACGAAAAAAAUAUGAGGUUAAAAAUAUAUGCAUUAAGGCCACAAAAAAUAUAUUGAGCUUACAAUAUAAUAUAUUGUGUCCACCAGAGAAUGUAUAUAUGGAGAGAGAACGUAAAUAGCAUAUAAAUAUAUAUUGUAUAAAUAUAAUGAGCUAUAUAUUACAAGCUUAAUUUGAGACCUCAGCAUUUAAUAUUUUGCCACGCCUCUUAAAAAGCAACCAUCACUCACGUCACCACCUUUCUCUCUUCUUCUCUCUUUUUCUCUCCUUUUCUCUUCUUUUCUUUCUUCAUAUUUGUCACAUGAAAGGGCUACAGGACUCAGCACGCUACCAAAACGUUAAACUUUAACGUUUAUCAGCUACAGAUCCACAGUGAAUGUAAAGCAAACAAAUACAAACUCGCACACAUCCUUUUUUUUUUUUUAUAUAUAUAUUUCCGAAUAUAUGUGUGUGUAUUUUGACGAAGUAAAUAGCUGACGAUAAUCCAGUUUGGAGCAGAACAUGUUGCUAUAAAUGUGCUGAGGCUCUUUGGACAGUAAUUUUGUAUGAACUGAUCAGUCACUACACUCCUUUUCUCUGUUUGAUGCUCAAUGAAAUUCAGUCAGUAGUUGGGUAUUUUUUAGAAAUAAGCUUGAUUCUUGUCUUGAUGCUGUGAACUGUAGAUAUUUUUAUUUUUCUUUUUGGUUCUUAUUCCUCUUUUCCCCCUUUAUUUUCCAUAUUUUCAGUGCAAAAAGUUGAAACAUACAUUUUUAUUUGCUUUUUUUUUUUUUUUUUUUUGUAAUAUUUAAUUUUUCCCCCCACUGAUAAACAAAAAAAAACUAAUAGGACCAUAACAUUUAUUUAGUAUUAGCAGUUAGCUGGUGCAGAUUCCAGAGGCUGGGCUGGAGCGUCCAGGGUGGGCAGGAGGCUAGACGUUCGAGUCUUAAAGCGGAGAGCUUGUUUACUUGCGCUGCUGAAUUUAUAACAGAUAUUUAAUUUGCUUUCAUUUUCAGCAGAUUAAAGAGAGGAAGGGGUUUGCCCACCCGAGCUGCGUGCUGUGGGGUGUUAGCAUGAUUCUGUAUAAAAUCUGUUCAGUCUUUAUAUCCCAGCAGCCUGCUGUGCUCUUCCCAGCAGCCUGCCCUGCAGUGUUUCCCAAUUAUAAACAUACAGGGCAUAUUGCAAAUAUACAGAUAGCAAACACACACACAGCUCUGUCUGUUCUGUCUGUGUACCCUAGCAGUUAGUAUUAAGGUAUUAGGUCUUUUAUUUACUGUGCUAACAACAUGCACAUACACCAUUUGCACCAUUGGAUUAACACCGCCUCCUUGUUUCGACACUCAUUGUGUUUAUUUUAUGCGCUUCACUAGGGCUGCACGAUAUAUCGUUUGGGCAUCGUUUUUUUUUUUUUAUUGAAUUGAUUGAAAUGAUCAUGUAUCUGUAAUCUGUAAUUGUAAUUUAGAUCCUGGGAUGAUUCAGUCGGACAGUAAGAGCCGCAGUAAGGGACAGUAAGGGCCGCUGCUGUUUAAUUUGACCUCUUCUCUGGUCUGUUUUUACCCCAUUUUUGAACGACAGCACACCUCACUGGUAGAUCUGUACUACAGUCAUCUCUUCAAUGCACGCUGACUGUGCAGUUGUUGCACAUGUGCACCAUCACCUCAAACACAAUCUGACAAGUAGACCCACAAACUUCAGGAUUUUAAUGACUCCUCAGUAGUAGCCUAAGUUACACAUGAUGUCCUAAAAGCCCUCGGGCCAGACGCUGAAUGUUCUUUGUCUUCUCAGUCUGGCAAAUCUACACCAAUAAGUAGAAAAUGUGUGUAAAUAAUGCAGAGUUUUACUUGAAUCGCUGGUGUGGAGUUUAUAGAGUGAUGGGGUGGAUUUUAGUGGUCGUCUCAUGGAAUACUUUGGUAGCACGUUGGGAAUACUGGUUUAAUCCAGAAGAGCACAGCCAGAAAAAUGUGUGUCUUUUUUAAACUGCUCUUGUUUAGACUCUUACACUCUUAAAAAUGAAGGAUCUGAAAGGGUUCUUGAGAGAGCGAUGCUGUAGAAGAACCAAGAGCGAAGGACGUUCAAAGAACUUCCACAUUGAGCUGAGCAGAUGAUCGUUUUUGUAUUGAAAGAGUGAUUAAAGGAGUGCAAUGUUCAGCUGCUAUGAUUAAUUACAUUGUCUCAAGUCAAAGGGAGGAAAUUCAACUCAAUAACAAGAAAAGCAUGAAGUGCAUGUAGACAAAUUCGCCAAUUCUAAAGCACCCAAUCAUGCUGCUCAAUUGCUUAUACAUGAUAUGGACAAAAUAUUGGAGCACACCACUUUAUCAUUCAAUUCAGGUGUUUAAUUUCAAGUGUAUGAAAUCAUGCUCUUGGGCCCUGUCCAGGUGUAUGCAUAUCUUUUAUAAAUAGGUAGGUUUUGUCUUCAUUUUGGUCUCCUGUCCAUGCAAAAACCCCUUUUUUUGCCCCUGAAAAUUAAGCGUUUCUGGCUGAACCCUUACCUCCAAUUCUUUAUACAAACAACUAAGGUUCUUUAUAGAACAAAAAUGGUUCUUCUGUGGUAUCACUCAAAAAACGUGGGUAGCGGGUACCUUUUACCUUUAUUAAUAUUAAGCCGUGUUAAAAUGUAUGUAACCAUGACUAAGAUAACCGUGGAUUUUGGUGCGUAUUUAAGUUAAAGUUAGAGUGCAUUAUCUCUUGUUUUAAUAAAGAAGAAACGCUGCCAAGAGAGGAUGCUUUUCAUUACGGGGGUGCUGAAUUCGUUAAUGAACACUGGCUAGCCCACUGAGCAGUUAGUAUUGGCUUAAGUGUGCUCGGGCACGGAUUGUUCAAAUGCAGCGUGAGUGCAGGCCAGUGGGGAGGGGGUAGAACCGUGCUCCAGUGUGAGUACACCCUAAGAUGCUCCUAAAUAAGCAAAUACCAGGAAAAAAAUAUCUUUGCUUUGUCCAAGAACCCUUUAGAAAACCUUAUUUUUAAGAGUGUAGCGAUUUGAAGACGUAAAAUCCAUUUCACACAGCUUUUGGUUUCUCCGACUCGAGGUUAAUUUCCUGCUUCUGAUUUCUGUAAGGCCUGCAGUAUUUGAUUUGUCACUGUGAGCAUUAUUUGUCGUUUUUUUGUCCUUAUCGCUGGUACCUUUCUGUGGGAAGCAUCUCAGCACUGUCCCCUGCUUUUCCAGUCAGGCUUUGUGUAAUUAUGGAACCUACAGUUGUUCCGGCUAGAGGACUGGACCCUGCUUGUGCUUCAGGAAGCCUGGCUGUGAUCUGUUUCUGUGCUUUAGCUCUGUGAUAUACUGUAUUCUGCGUUCGUUUUUGAAUGGCUGACGCUUUGUGUACCUGAUUUCUGUUCCUGCAGUUGUGACUUCGCCUCUUUUACCAUCAGUUGACGUGAACCCCUUCAGCACAGAUCAAUAUAUUGACAGUAGUCUUUAAAGAUCAGUACUUUCCCUCUUUUAAAGAAUGUUAAUUGUUUAUUUCAAACUGAAGAGAAGAAUUGAACAGUAGAAAGAAGUAAGAAAGUAAGAAAGCCAUACAUUUUUGUUACACUUCUGUACAAGACUUCUGUAGAGUCUUUCUCUAUGUAGAUCAAGAGUAUUGAUAUUAUUAACCCUAUUUUAGAUGUGAGAAAGAGGUAUUCUGUUAUAAUAUGCAGAAUUUCACAAGAAAAAUGUUUGUAUAUUUGUUAAACACGGUGGGUAGCUCUAGUUCAGCAGAUAUCGCAAUGAAAUUGGAAUUUUAUGCAUGUUUUUUUCUUCUGAUGGCAAACUUUUGUCUUGCAGUCGUAUCAGUCAUAUCAAUAAGCAGGGAAAGGAAAACAAAUGAGAAGUGAAUCUCCCUGCUGUUCCAUGACAAACCUUACAUCUGCAAAACUCAAAAAAAAAAAAAAAUCAAAAGAGAGAAAGAAAAAAAGGCAUCAGCGUCUUUUUCACUGCCGUCACCCAAUUAUGAAGAAACUUCAAGGUGUUAGGAGUUGAUUUUGUGCUGCUGGGCCAAGAAGAAAAGCUCUCACUAAAAAAAAGAGUGAGAUUUUCUUGUGACAGCAGCAGCAGCACUGGUUGAAGGAAAUGUUCACAACUAAUUGUACAGUCGAAAAAGCUAUAGCUUUUUUUUUUUUUUUGUGAUUUGUGAGUAACCUGUUUCCAGUCUCCAAAUCUGUUGGUGAAAAGUUUAGCUCCAGCCCUGAUCUGAGACCCUGAUUAUGCUUGGGACGAUAGAAUUUUGGCUUUUGCUCAUGAAUUUUUCAUACAUGCAAACAUAUUUCUUCUGAUUUGGAACAGUUAGAAACAUACAUGUUACUAAUAAAAGUCUUUGCAAUGUCAUAUGUUACUUUACAACAUGUGUAAUAUGUAUAGUCUUCAAGUCUCUGUAAAACGCCAAAUCCACCGGAGAUCCUAUUUAAACCUAUAGUUACUUAAACACACAGAGAAGGGUAGUCGAGGUCCAGAAAUUAAAUGUGACGCAGACCAUGCUAAUGUUUAAGGGUUAAUGUUAAAGAGGGCUGGAGUGAAACUCUUCUAGAAGCUCGCUUUUCAUGAGCCUUGUUGGAGAUACUAAAGCCAAACCAAUCAAAUCAAUGCUGUACCUUCUUAAAUCUCUGAAGACUGUUCAGGUACUCGUUGUUGUACUUUGUUUACCACGAUAAAGAAAAUAGGCCUUAAUCUUAAGUCCUCAAAAAUUGGCAAGGUGUUUAUCAAUCAGUGAUAAACCCAUCUUUAAAAUCAGCACUUUAGUAUGACCUUGUCUAAAUUAUUAUUUUUCUCUUUUUGUUGUUUUUUUUUUUCUUUCUUACUUCCUUUUUUUUCUUGUUCUUCUUUUCAUGUUUUGGGGAACAUGUUCACCAGUUUUCCGUUUAUCGGGAUGUAUCGUGUGCAUCUUUAAAAGAAAUGUAACGUUUAAAGAAAAUUCCUUGCUCUGUUUUUUUGUAAAUGUUUUCUUUCCCCGAACCAAAAGUGUGCAAAAAUUGUACUUGUGCAAGUUUUAAUUGUGCAAAGAAAGCUAAUUGUAAGCUAUGACCAGCAUGUGCUUAUAUAUAUGUCGUUGUUAUUUUAACCUUUAUGCAAGUGGGGACAUGUGUUACUUAUACACACACAGACAUAUAUACACACACAGAUAUAUAUACACACACAUGCACACACACACAUAUACAUACACACAUACACACAAAAGCCAUUUAUUAAAUAAUUGAUAUGAUCACAGAGGGAGAAACAGGCAGUCCUGCAGGUUUGGGACCACUUUAUUGGGAUGUAGGUUUGUUUGUUUCUGCUUUAUAUACCAGCACAGAUUGACGUUAUCAAUUUUGCCAUGAGCUGUGAGAUCCAAGUUACUGCUGAACGCUGUUUUUUGCUUAUUGAGAGCUGAGGAAAGGGCGGUUUGGGUUGGAGAUCCGGACCUGAGGUAGCCGAGUGAAAGUGCAGGUGGCUCAAAACUGUUAAGAUGAUCCUUCUUGCCUCGUUUUAUUCGUGUCUUUUUAAAAAGUUACUGAAACACCCAGUAAUUUCUGCUGUCGCCAGGUGUCUCUUCACUUGAUUCUUCUCUCUGAUAUGUCAUGUGGGAACUACUAUCGUAUGGUUCAGUAUUCAGUAAUGUGCUGGGAAGUCUUGCGCUACACGUUUAUUAUUUGUGUAAAAGGGGAAAAGAGAACUUUCUGUAGUGCUAGUCCUGACCGAGUAGAGGACCUGGAUUUCAGAUCUGUAGCCUGGACUCCCUUUCCCAGACGAGGGUCACUCUCUCCCUCUCUGGGAGUUUAUUUAGAAAAAGGGACGGAGGGGCUUUUAUUUUUUUUAACUGUCCAAAUAUAUUUACUGGAAAGAGAGACAAAAUAUUUUUAAUCUGCACAUUCUACUUUGUUUGUGUGUAUGUUAGAUAUUAAUCUUGUUUUCUAAAGAAAUAUGGAACUAAUAUAAAAAAGUGAAUAAAAAGCUAUUUUGUUCUUUA